UCAUCUUCUCUCACUCUCUAUUUCUCAAGCGUGAGCUUCACUCUCUCAUCUCAUGUUUCGUUUGACACACGCGCCUAAAUCUACAGCGUUGGAAUAAGCCACACACCUAUAAUUUGCUAGAUGCUAGAAAGAAGUCUAUAGAGCGAGAGAGCUUACAGUCAAAGUCAGAGACAUGGAUUAUAAUUUUCGAAUUUGAAUUUCCAAAGAAAAUCAUCUCAUUGUGUUAUCCACAGUAAAUGCUUUUCAACUCCUUGGGGAGGGAUCUGAUUGAUAGUUUUUUGUUUUUUUCUGUUUCCCUCUGUCACCAAGUAAAGCAAAAAAGCAACACAGAGGAACAAGGGGGAAAGAGAGAGAAAGAAUGAAAAGGGUUCACCAUUGUUGAUGGAGGAGAAAGCUUCAUAUCUCAUCUCUUGUUUCUGGUGAGAGAAUGAAGGAGAGAAAAGUAGAAGAAAAGAAAAGCUUUUUUCGUUUUCCCUUCUGGAUCUAAUUUCUUCUGUAUAGCUUGAUACUAAAGCUACAUAAAAACCAAUUAGGUGAUAUGAAAUAUUGUGUUUGUGAUUAGCUUUGAGAAAAUUUCGCUUGCAUGUUACCUUACUCUCCAAGUUUAUAUCUUUUUUUUAAGUCUUAUCGACCCUUUAGAUUCUGAUUUUGUUCUUAUCCAAUUAUCCUUUCAAAAGAAAUAUAAUCUGAUUUCUCUCUACCCCUUUUGUAGCCAUUAGCCACAAAGUUCGAACCUUUUAGGGUCCCCAACGAAAAUUGCAUCCCUUUUCCUGAAAAAAGCUUAAAAGUUAAAGCCGGAAGCUAUGGAUCGAAGAGAAGCAAUGGCGUUAUCCGGGUCGGGUUCUUACUAUAUCCAGAGAGGAAUGCCUGGUUCGGGUCCUCCUCCUCCACAAACUCAACCGACGUUUCACGGAUCACAAGGGUUUCACCACUUCUCCAAUUCCAACUCUCCGUUCGGGUCAAACACAAACCCAAACCCGAACCCGAACCCAGGAGGCGGCUCCUCUGGAUUCGUGUCUCCUCCUUUACCAAUUGAGUCUUCUCCGGCCGAUUCUUCAGCGGCGGCUCCUCCUCCUUCCUCGGGUGAGACGUCUGUGAAGCGGAAGAGAGGAAGGCCUCGAAAAUACGGACAAGACGGUUCUGUUUCGUUGGCAUUGUCUCCUUCAGUCUCCACUAUGUCCCCAAACUCUAACAAACGUGGCCGUGGAAGACCCCCUGGCUCCGGCAAGAAGCAAAGGCUUGCUUCCAUUGGUGAUUUGAUGCCUUCAUCGUCGGGGAUGAGCUUCACACCGCACGUAAUCGUAGUUUCCGUUGGUGAAGACAUUGCAUCAAAGGUUAUAUCUUUUUCCCAGCAAGGUCCAAGAGCGAUUUGUGUCUUAUCCGCUAGUGGCGCAGUCUCCACUGCAACUCUUCUUCAGCCAUCACCAUCCCAUGGGGCUAUUACUUACGAGGGUCGUUUCGAGCUCAUAUCUCUCUCAACUUCUUAUCUGAACGCUACUGACAAUGACUAUCCAAACCGCACUGGAAAUCUAGCGGUCUCACUUGCUAGCCCCGAUGGUCGUGUCAUUGGUGGUGGAAUUGGAGGGCCUCUAAUUGCAGCAAGCCCAGUUCAGGUUAUCGUUGGGAGCUUCAUUUGGGCGAUCCCAAAAGCGAAGCUUAAAAAACGAGAUGAAACUUCUGAAGAUGUCCAAGACACUGAAGCUUUGGAGAACAACGAGAACAUAGCAGCAACGUCUCCUCCUGUUCCUCAGCAAAGCCAGAACCUUGUUCAGAGUCCCGUAGGCAUUUGGUCAACCGGUCCAAGAUCAAUGGAUUUGCACCACGCCCAUAUCGACAUUGAUCUAAUGCGCGGAUGAUUCAUGUAUAUAUCUGAGCAUUGAUUCUAGGAGAAGCAGAAAAAGACUUGAAGCUAACCUCUCUGAGAAAAAUGUCUUUGUUUAGAAAAGAAAAGACUAGUAGUAGUGAAGUUUAGAAUUCCUGCGUGUUUUCAAGCUUUUGAUUAAUCAAUUUGGUUUCUUGACUUUGUGAAGAAUUG